UUGCCAUACACUUCCACGUCAUGACAUAUAUGAGCGUACGUGCAUAAAGAGACAAGAUUCAAAUCUCUCACUUUCAGUUUCAGUUUCAGUUUCAGUUUCGAGGUUGAGAAAUGGAUCUGGUGGACAAGGCUAAGAAUUUCGUGGGAGAAAAGCUGGCGGAGAUGGAGAAACCGGAGGCCAGCAUCGCCGACGUUGAUAUCAAGGGUGUUGGAUUCGACGGUUUUUCCUUUCUAGCUAAGGUCGACGUCAAGAAUCCUUACUCUGUUCCCAUUCCCAUCUGCGAGAUCAAAUACGAGCUCAAGAGCGCCGGCAGGGUGAUAGCUUCAGGCACAAUUCCAGACCCAGGGUCAAUUAAGGGAAAGGACACAACCGCCCUGGAUGUGGCAGUGAAGGUGCCACACAGUGUGGUGGUGAACUUGGCGAGGGACAUUGGUGGAGAUUGGGACAUUGACUAUCAACUUGAUAUUGGCCUCAUCAUUGAUCUUCCUGUCGUUGGAAACUUUACCAUUCCAUUGUCUCAGUCGGGUGAGAUUAAGCUCCCAACCUUUUCUGAUUUCUGGAAGAAACCAGAAGCAGAAGCAGAAGCUGCCUAACACACAUGAUCAUUAACAGUGGUGUUAUAUCAUUAUAUGUAGUCAUAACAAGAUGAUGAGAUGAUGAAUAAUGUAGUUUUACAAUAACAGUGGCUUUCUGCACUAUGUAGUAUGUACCUUGUUUCAUUUCAUCAAAUCAAAGACCUUUUUACUGUUGUGUCUUCA